AUGGAACAAGAUAUAGAGAGAGAAAGAGAAGAGGAAAGGGAAGCAAUUUACCCCUUCCAGCCUUCUUUCAGUUUUGAACAUUAUGAAGAACCAAUAAAAUACAACCUUGAAAGAAUGGCAAAAAUAUUUUCUUCUUCGUACUUCUUCGAUGGGAACUCUUGGACAUCACUGCAGAAACCAUUAGUCCUUAAAAAAACAGUAUUCGAUGAUGAUCGAAUUCUUGUACUAAAAAAGAUUGACAGCAGAAACGCACCAAUUGAAUUAGAGGCAUCCUUGAGUGGAAAAUAUGACAUCAAAGUGUAUAAAAAUAAAGAUAUAUUAUUGUGUAUCGAAGGAGAACAAAAAAUUUUAAUGAAAUUACCUAUAACACAAAAUAUUAUUACUUGGAAUAUUCCGGAACGUCUUCCACUCUUACACAAGAGUUGGACACCCAUAAUAUAUAUGUUAAACCAAGGAAAUGUAUUUAUUAGAAUAACUCCGGAAAAAUGUCUAGUUAUAAGUAAAGUUAAUGAUAAAGAUUCAUUUAAAGUAAGUUGUAUUGACUAUUCGGAAGGCUUCUGUUGCUGCCAUCCUAUUAACAACUUAGCAUUAUUGUAUGGCUCCUAUGAACAACAACAAGAUUGUAACAUAAUGAAAUUACCAAAAUUACCUUUAAGCAAAGGGCUAUAUAACUACUUUAUACAUUUUUUCUCAUGGGGUACUAUGAUAGUACCGAAAGCUAUUGAUGUAUUUAAAGGCCCUUUGUGUAGUUUUAAAAAAAGUACAAUUGCCUUGAUAAUUAUACCACCAAAGAUGCAUAUAUAUGUUGAAUUAAGGAGCACUUCCCCUGUAGCAACCUCCAUAAAGUAUAAAAAAGAUUUUCUCAUUACAGCAAGGAAGCCCUAUCUCACCGAUUUGGAAAUUUAUUUAAUUAUUCAAAACAAACUAAUUAAAUAUGAUUAUUCAUAUGACCUUCGUUUGAAUAAGGACAAGGCACCCAUUUCAAAUAUACAUAUUCCUUUCAAGUUUAAGAUAAGCAAAGAGGAAAAAGAAAAGAAAAAAUCGAACCCUUACUAUAAAUGCAAAUGGACUUUUAUUGAUUCCCUUGAUCAGACACUUCUAACAGAAUCAUGUAAUUCACCUUCCACUCAUAUUAUGUCACAAGAUUUGGCUUGCAUAUUUGAUGCAGAAACAGGUACAUACUAUUCUACAGAUUAUGGAAUACAACACUGCAAAGCUUUUAAAAAGUUGCGCGUUUACAAAAAAUAA